AUGCAUUACUCCUAUGCUCUUAACCCCACCUUCUAUAAUAAUGUUAUUGAUUUGGCUCGUAUGCACAAUCCUGCUAUUUUGAUCCUAACUAAGACUAAAGCUAGUGGUGAUAGGGCGAAAAGGAUUGCUGACAGGUUGCCUUUUGAUGGGGCAAUUUUUACUAAUGCUAUUGGUUUAUCUGGUGGUUUGUGGUUGCUUUGGGAUAGUUCUCGAGUGAGUGUAACAGAGCUUGCCAAGACAGAACAAGAAAUUCAUGCGUUGGUCACUCCAAUUUAUUCCAAUACUCCGUGGUUGCUAUCUAUAGUUUACGUCAGUCCAAGAUUUGUAGAGAGGUGCCUUCUUUGGGAUAAUUUGAAGACUGUGUCUGAACUUCACUCCUUUCCUUGGGUGAUGGCAGGGGACUUCAAUGAGGUUCUGAUGGGGGAAGAUAAAUAUAGGGGGAGAGCGGUGAACAUUUGUAGAGCUUUACGAUUUCAAGACUGUCUUGACUCCUGUAGGAUGAUGGACAUAGGUUUUUCUGGGACCCGUUUCACAUGGUCAAAUCAGCGUCCUUUAUCUUAUCUCAUCCAAGAAAGAAUUGAUAGGGUAUUUGUCAACGCAGAGUGGAAUGGUUUAUUUCCUGAAUCUUUUGUUCAACACCUUAAAAGGGAGCACUCUGAUCACUGCCCGGUGUUGUUGUGUCUGAAUAGGAGUCAAGAUAUCAAUUUUCUGCGUCCCUUUCGUUUCCAACCAAUGUGGCUGACCCACCUGGACUUCCUAGGGACGUGA